AGGCAGGAGAAUGGUGUGAACCCAGGAGGUGGAGCUUGCAGUGAGCCAAGAUCAAGCCACUGCACUCCAGCCUGGGCAACAGAAUGAGACUCUGUCUCAAAAAACAAAACAAAACAAAACAACCAUAAUUCUUCCUGUUCCACAUUGAAUUUCAAAUGCAGCAGGUAUAUAUGAAGCAACUACCAUGGGUGAGCUAUUCGGAGAGAACCAGGACAUAGUCUUGUCUGCCAAGAAUUUAGAGCCUAGGUAGAAGAAAGGAGAUGCUUACUCACGUAUUUUAUAUCUGUAACAUAAGGUAGAGCAUCUGGUCAGUCUAGUAUAUCUGUCCUGAUUGCUCAAGGGAACAAAUCACCUUUCCAGACAUUCAGGAUUGUCUGAGAAUCCUUUUUGGCAAAAACGUUCGCUUGUUUUCUGUUACUCUUUCAUCCUGCUGCUACUUUUGUUCUAGAGGUCGGGCUGAUGAAGGGAGGAUGGUACAAAGGUAGCAGCGACAGGGGUCAGCAGUCCACAGAUUGCACACUUGUCCCUUAGGUAAUGAGAGUUAACUGUACGUCUGCAGGUUAAUUCUUAAGGUAAAUAAAUACCUGAUGAAAACUUGUAGAAUUUAUUUCUGAAUUUUAGUAGUGACCUGGAUAUUUAAAGCACUAUUUACCUUUUUUUUCCAGAAUUAUUUUAAUAGUAUUAGUUACAUUUAUGUAGUGCUAUCUAUGUGUUGGAUGAUUUUCUAAAUGCGUUAUUUAAUCCUUAUGUCAACUGUGAGGUAAGUACUAUUGUAUCCCCAUUUUACUCACAAGAAAACUAAGGUUAAUUGACUUUUCUAGAGUUACAUAAUAAAGGAGACAUAAAGUUGAGAUUUGAAUCCAGGCAGCCUGGCUCCAGAGUCCAUGCUCUUAACCAAUAAGCUGUGUUGCAAAAGAAUGUGAGCAGCAUAUGGCAAAAUAGGAUUUUUGGUUUUUCUGAUGGGAGAUGAAGAACAUAUCCUCUGCCUCUUGUGUCUUGCCACAACUAGGUGGCAUAGCUAUCUCUGCUAUAGGAAAUACUUGGAAAUAAAACAUAUCCAUAGGAAUCCCUGCCCCUAUCUUCCUCCUUGCUUGGUGUCCUCUCUGUGAUGGUCACAGAGCAGUUUUGCAUGUGACAUUUACUGUCCAGUGCUUGGCUCUGCAGAGAAGAUGGGAUUGACCUAGUGCUGGGUGGGAAGUGUGUUUUCAGCCUGUUUCAUCCAGUAUUGUGAAGCAUGUGUUUGUUUUUUGUUUUCAGUGUGAUAGUUUUAUUUAAGAAAUGUUAAUAGAAAUAAUUUUCAAACAUCCAUUAACUAAAAAAAUAAGGUGGUAUAAUAAAACUUUAUUUUUUGUUUCUAUAUGUAUACAGCUGCCCUGAAUAUAUUCCACUCUUGUGCAAGCGUAAUUGCUUCUGGGCAUUUCCUGCUAAAAACAGUAACAUAAUUUUGACUUCUGUUUAUUUCUAGGAACCCUGAGGACUCUGCAAUAUGAAUAAUUCCUUAGAGAACACCAUCUCCUUUGAAGAGUACAUCCGAGUAAAGGCACGGUCUGUCCCGCAACACAGGAUGAAGGAAUUUCUGGACUCACUGGCCUCUAAGGGGCCAGAAGCCCUUCAGGAGUUCCAGCAGACAGCCACCACUACCAUGGUGUACCAACAGGGUGGGAACUGCAUCUACACAGACAGCACUGAAGUGGCUGGGUCUUUGCUUGAACUUGCCUGUCCAGUCACCACCAGUGUUCAGCCACAAACCCAGCAAGAACAGCAGAUCCAGGUUCAGCAGCCGCAGCAGGUUCAGGUCCAGGUGCAGGUACAGCAGUCUCCACAACAGGUCUCGGCUCAGCAGCUCUCCCCACAACUCACCGUUCACCAGCCUACUGAGCAACCCAUCCAGGUCCAGGUGCAGAUCCAAGGCCAGGCACCACAGUCAGCAGCCCCCUCCAUUCAGACCCCGUCUCUGCAGAGUCCCAGUCCCUCGCAGCUGCAAGCAGCUCAGAUCCAGGUGCAGCACGUGCAAGCGGCCCAGCAGAUCCAGGCUGCAGAAAUCCCGGAGGAGCACAUCCCACAUCAGCAAAUCCAGGCUCAGCUGGUGGCUGGCCAGUCUCUUGCUGGUGGUCAGCAGAUCCAAAUCCAGACCGUGGGUGCCCUUUCCCCACCACCAUCCCAGCAGGGCUCACCCCGGGAAGGGGAGCGGCGGGUUGGCACGGCCAGUGUCCUCCAGCCAGUGAAGAAGCGCAAAGUGGACAUGCCCAUCACUGUGUCCUACGCCAUCUCAGGGCAGCCGGUGGCCACCGUGCUGGCCAUUCCACAGGGCCAGCAGCAGAGUUAUGUGUCUUUGAGGCCAGACUUACUGACAGUAGACAGUGCCCACCUGUACAGUGCCACUGGGACCAUUACUAGCCCUACAGGAGAAACCUGGACCAUCCCUGUUUAUUCUGCCCAGCCCCGGGGGGACCCUCAGCAGCAGAGCAUUACCCACAUUGCCAUUCCCCAGGAAGCCUACAACGCAGUUCACGUCAGUGGCUCACCCACGGCCCUGGCAGCUGUUAAGCUGGAGGAUGACAAGGAGAAGAUGGUGGGCACCACAUCUGUAGUGAAAAACUCCCAUGAAGAGGUAGUGCAGACCCUUGCAAACUCUCUCUUUCCAGCACAGUUCAUGAAUGGCAACAUCCACAUUCCAGUGGCUGUGCAGGCUGUGGCAGGCACGUACCAGAAUACGGCUCAAACUGUCCAUAUAUGGGACCCCCAACAGCAGCCACAGCAGCAAACUCCCCAGGAGCAGACGCCACCACCACAGCAGCAGCAGCAGCAACUCCAAGUUACUUGUUCAGCUCAAACUGUCCAGGUUGCUGAAGUUGAACCACAGUCACAGCCACAGCCUUCCCCAGAACUUCUGCUUCCAAAUUCUUUGAAGCCAGAAGAAGGGCUUGAAGUAUGGAAAAACUGGGCCCAGACCAAGAAUGCUGAACUGGAGAAGGAUGCUCAGAACAGAUUGGCACCCAUUGGGAGGCGCCAACUGCUGCGAUUCCAGGAAGAUCUCAUCUCCUCUGCUGUGGCAGAGUUGAAUUAUGGGCUCUGUCUAAUGACACGGGAAGCUCGAAAUGGAGAAGGUGAACCCUAUGACCCAGAUGUGCUCUACUAUAUUUUCCUGUGUAUUCAAAAGUAUCUUUUUGAAAAUGGAAGGGUAGAUGACAUUUUCUCCGAUCUUUAUUAUGUUCGGUUCACGGAGUGGCUACAUGAAGUUCUGAAGGAUGUUCAGCCCCGGGUCACUCCACUUGGCUAUGUCUUGCCCAGCCACGUGACUGAGGAGAUGCUAUGGGAGUGCAAGCAGCUUGGGGCUCACUCCCCCUCCACCUUGCUGACCACCCUCAUGUUCUUUAAUACCAAGUACUUCCUAUUGAAGACGGUGGACCAGCACAUGAAGCUGGCCUUCUCCAAGGUAUUGCGACAGACAAAGAAGAACCCCUCUAAUCCCAAGGAUAAAAGCACGAGUAUCCGGUACUUGAAGGCCCUUGGAAUACACCAGACUGGCCAGAAAGUUACAGAUGACAUGUAUGCAGAACAGACGGAAAAUCCAGAGAAUCCAUUGAGAUGUCCCAUCAAGCUCUAUGAUUUCUACCUCUUCAAAUGCCCCCAGAGUGUGAAAGGCCGGAAUGACACCUUUUACCUGACACCUGAGCCGGUGGUGGCCCCCAACAGCCCAAUCUGGUACUCAGUCCAGCCUAUCAGCAGAGAGCAGAUGGGACAAAUGCUGACCCGGAUCCUGGUGAUAAGAGAAAUUCAGGAGGCCAUCGCAGUGGCCAAUGCAAGCACUAUGCACUGAGAUGCCUUGGCCAUGGCGCAAGAGAAACCAGCCAGGAAAAACCAGACAGACUUUCACACUAAAGAAGAGGCCUCCAUUUUUUCUUUUUUCUUUUUUUUAUGGUGUAGUUACGAAGCCUUUCAGGCUGCUUCUGUUUAAAAUAUAAAAGAAAACUUUGCCCCCUUUGCAUCUUCAUAAACCUGCUGCGGCAGACUCCUCAGCCGAUGGUGGCUCUGGGUUUCCUUGAGUGUCAUAUGUCCUAGAAAGUUGCUGGCUGACUCUUUUUUGUCUGGGGCCUGGGGAAAGGGCUUGGACUGUGAAUAGAAAUGUGGCCCCUUUCCAUCUUCAAGAGAGAUGGAAUUAAUGAUGGAUGGACCCUGCAGGGAAUCUCCCCGGCCGACUUCCACUGGGCUGACAGACUUUGCUGACCACAGGGGAACGAUGUUCUUUUCUUUCUUCAUGCUCAGACAUAAACUUAGCAUCUUAAUGGAAGAAAAAUGAGGGGGACUUCAAUUAUGAUUUAUUAAAGACAAUUUCUAUUACACCCUCCUUUAUGACAAGUGACAUUUUAGAUGUAAAAGUAAAAACUUUACCAUGCCUUUUUUUUUUUUUUUUUUUUUGGCCUAACAUUGAGGCCUUAAAACCUGAGGCUCCUGUGCCUGAUGGAAUUCUUGUAACAUACACUUGUGUAUCAUAUAAAGAUACCACUCUGUUUCUCUUAUGUAUUCUUACUCUAGUUGUUUAUUAAGAAUGACAAGCACGUCUUUUCAACA